UAUAAUUACUAGCAUAUAUUUCAAAUCUGAAUAAUUUUUUACUUUCUACAUUUGGUUGCAUAUCGUUCAAAACAACGUCUGCGAAGUUGGAACAGUCUGGAAGGUACAUCCUGCCACCAUGCCUGUUGAGCUGGUACUACAGAACUUUAUCGAUGGCCAGUUUGUGGGGACGGAGUCUCACAUCGACAGUUACAACCCGUCCACGGGAGAGGUGUACGCCAAGGUGCCCGACAGCGGGGAAGCGGACGUGAACGCUGCGGUGCAGGCUGCUAAAGCGGCAUUCCCAGGAUGGUCGGAGACCCCAGCAGCAGAGCGCUCCCGGAUUCUGAACAGGAUUGCGGACUUGAUCGAGACUCACUUGGAGGAGUUUGCACAGGCCGAGUCACGCGAUCAAGGCAAGCCGGUCUCCCUUGCGCGAACCGUGGACAUCCCACGUGCUGUCUACAACUUCCGCUUCUUUGCGACGACCAUUCUACACAAGACAGAAAGCGCCACCUACUUGGAAACCAUGCAGGCCACGAACUACACGGUGCGUACGCCUCUGGGUGUCGCUGGACUGAUCAGCCCCUGGAAUCUGCCCCUGUACCUCCUGACGUGGAAGAUCGCGCCCGCCAUCGCCUGCGGAAACACUGUCGUGUGUAAGCCUAGCGAGAUGACAUCGGUGACUGCGUGGAUGAUGUGUCGACUCCUAAACGAUGCCGGGCUCCCUCAAGGGGUGGUGAAUGUGGUGUUUGGAUACGGACCCAAGGCUGGCGAGGCCAUCGUCAAGCAUCCGGACGUCCCCCUCGUCUCUUUCACGGGCAGCACGCUAAUCGGACAACGAAUCACGGAGAAGAGCGCCCCGCAUUGCAAAAAACUCUCACUAGAGCUUGGUGGUAAGAACCCAUGCAUCAUAUUUGCGGAUGCAGAUAUGGAGAAAUGUAUCCCUACUGUGGUGAGGUCUAGCUUUGCCAACCAGGGGGAGGUCUGCCUCUGUAGUAGCCGUAUCUUCGUGCAGAGAAGCGUGUACCAACAGUUUCUCCAGAAAUUCGUCAAUGCAACCAGUAAGAUCCAGGUAGGGAACCCAGCAGACCCAAUGACGACCAUGGGAGCUCUCAUCAGUAAGGAGCACCUCAACAAGGUCAAAGGUUACGUCAACCUGGCUUAUGAGGAAGGUGCCACUAUCCUGUGUGGGGAGGGGAAGGAUGAGCUCAAACUUUCAGACAGCCUGAAAAAUGGUUACUACAUGCUGCCCACAGUGAUCACAGAUGUGAGAGACAGCUCACGCUGUAUGCAGGAGGAGAUUUUUGGUCCUGUCACCUGUGUGGUGCCGUUUGAUACGGAGGAUGAAGUCAUCAGUCGUGCCAACAAUGUGAAGUAUGGCCUGUCUGCCAGUCUGUGGACCCAGGACGUGUCUCGGACCAUGCGCAUGUGCAGGAAACUGGAGGCUGGAACCAUUUGGACCAACUGUUGGAUGGUACGUGACCUCAACAUGCCGUUUGGUGGAAUGAAAGCCUCGGGAGUCGGGCGAGAAGGAUUCAAGGACUCUGUAGAGUUCUUCACAGAGGAGAAAACUGUCUGCAUCAAGCACUAGGUAGUGUUAGUGACAAUAAAAAUUCUUAGAUCAUAUUGAUUCAAUUGUAUAGAUAACAUCCACUUAAACAAAGGGCACAAGCCGCCGUACGUGCAAUUUGUCCGUACGUUUUUUUGGGAGACCACGUCCGCCACGUAUUUCUGAAAACGUUCAGGCUGUACAGGGCAGACGUGUUGCCCGUACUGGCACGUACGGGGGUCGAAUCCGCAGCCCGAUGGCACACAAAGUUUUGCCUGCACGUAAAGUUCUAGGGUGUGUCUGCGUGCUUCAAAAUCCGUCGGAUUCCCUACGAGUUCGUACGGAGGCGGGACUUACCACUCACGGAUCCCAAAAGAUUGGCCACGUUUUGGCACGUAGACAGCACGUAUUUGCACGUACGGCGGGUUGUGCCCCUAGCUUUAGGAAUCCUGAAACUGAUGCGAGGGUUUGAAAAAAGUUGCCUUCAUUAUGGAAGCUAAGUGGUCAGGAAGGUUUAAAAAACAAAUGACUAAGUAUUGUAUACUGAAGAAUUUUAAUUCUUUCUCAUUUUCUUUGUUGACUUUGGAAAUGACAGUGACAUUCUACGACAUAAGUUUUACUUUUCUGCUAUAUUUUGCAAUCUGUAUGGUAUGUACUUGCUCCUGCUGCAGCUGCUUUGUACAAUUUACAGUGUAGUUGAGAAAGUUUUUUGGGAAACAGACAAAAAUUGAUACGCGGGCAGAUGCCAUCUAUUAAUAUUGUGUAUAAUGGAAUCCUUACAGUGCUGUGUAAAGAAUGAUUUGAAAAAAAAACAACCCCCGCAAAUCAUGAAAAAUUUACACUGCUGGAUGAAACUUAUAUGUAAGAAAUCCUGAUACAACAUGUACUUCAUUGUAUGUAAAUGAUUUGGAAUUUUAUGUUGCCUUGAAGGUUGUAAAAAUGUCAAUUUGUGAAAUGACCAUACAUGGUAUUGAAGGUGGAAAUUUAGUUGAUUCCCAAAUGUUUUGAUUUUUAUGAAUAACAAAUGGACACAUAAGUUCCUGUUGAAAUCUCUGAAUUGAUGCAUUAAUUAAGGAGUGGAUUUUGCUCACAACUUGAAAAUACUUUGAUGAUCAGGAAAAUUACAACAUGCCUUCAUUGUUUAAAAAAAGGUACGUAAUGUAAUGUGAUAUAAAAAGUAUAAACAAGAUAUUAGCCAGUGCUAGCCAAGUUCUAAUGCCAAUUGAGCCAAAAAUUAACAUUGAUUCCAAUAAAAUGUCUAUUUUUCCUCUACCUGGAACAAAACUUUGAUACUUAUAGUUAUUAUUGCCCCUUGUAUACUUGUAAAAGUACCAAAAAUACUUUACGUUCAUAUCCAUGGCUGUGAUACUGUACUGCAGUUGUAAGCUUUAUUUUGUUGCUAACAAUUAAACAUGUACAUAUGUUCUGUACAAUAUGUACAUGUGAAUGGAAAUGUUAAUAGUAAUAAAAUUACAAAUAGUUUCAA